CAGCACAACCAGCGAUCUUCUAACAAGAAACUCAAACAAAUCAACAACUCAGCAAAAUGUUCAAGCUUUUCGUUGUCCUUUUCGCCGCUCUCUUUGCCUUCGCCGCUGCCGGCCCAUCGCCUGUGGCCCGUCCCGCACCACUGCCGGUGGCUAGCCCACACCCAGCGCCCGCACCAGCACCAGCACCACAAUUCUACUAUGGCGGCUAUGCCUCGCCCUACUCCUACGCCUACUCUGCCUAUCCAUACUACGGUUAAGUUGGAAUAGUCACUGCCACUUUACGAGUAGAUCCACUGUGUGUUUGGUGUGCGAGUGAGUGUGUAAUUAUGGGUAGGUAAGCUCUGAGAUUAGCGGAAUUCAUACGGAAAUUAUAGAAAGGAUUACCGAUGCGCUCAGUCGCCUGCUCAGUUGCAUUUUACUACCAGUUACAAUAACGCAAUUACUAAUUCACUCAUAACAUUCCACUCGGUGGCGCAAGGACUAAUUGCUCUGUUGUUAAUGGACCAAGGAUAAUGGAUUUUGGAUAAUGCACUUUGGAAAUUUUAAUUAGUUUUAGUCUUGAUUUAAGUUAUGCUGUUACUUGUUUGUUGUUUGUGUGCUUACAUCCAACAAAUGUCCAUAUAUGAAAUUGUUAAAAUUUAAGUAAAUAAAAAAAUCUGAAUGCAGCAAACAAA